AUCCUCCCCGACUUUCUCAAUGCGCUGGACGUGUUACAGCGAGACUACUUUGCAAUAUGGGAAGGCAUGUGGCCAACAGCCAUAGAUUGGACCUCAGCUGUGACCGGGACACACCUUUCCGCGGCCCUAACGACCCUUUCCACGUCUUACUCGAGCCUCCAAUCUUCGAAAGACAACGAAAACUUGAUCAACAGAUACUUCUCUCAAUUAAUUGGCAGCUAUUUUGGGCAGGAUGCGUUCGCAUUACGGCAGGAGGCAUACGAUGACAUGCUCUGGGUAGUGCUCGGAUGGUUGGAGACCAUAAAAUUCAUCGAUACUCACUCAGCCCUACAUUACAAUUCAUCCUCCUCCGUAGAGGAAGGAGGUUGGUACGGAAUCCAAUAUAUCCCCGCAUUCGCCCACCGGGCACGCAUAUUCUGGGACAUGGCAAGUCAAGGCUGGGAUACACUGCUCUGCAACGGGGGCAUGAUCUGGAGCCCUUAUCUCGUGCCCUACAAAAAUGCCAUCACAAAUGAGUUAUUUAUAGCCGCAAGCAUAUCGAUGUACCUCUACUUCCCUGGAGACGAGAAUACCUCCCCUUUCGGCUUACCACCCCACUCCGUCGACGGCGCACAGCCCGGAAAACCCCAUGACCCCAAAUACCUGGCUGCCGCAAUUGAAGCGUAUAAAUGGUUGAAGGGCAGCAAUAUGACCGAUGCUAAAGGACUAUUUAUUGAUGGUUUCCAUGUUUCUGCAUGGUCACCUGAACGACCCAAGAACAGCACGCGCAAAAUGCUUUGCGACGACAGGAACGAAAUGGUAUAUACGUACAACCAAGGUGUUUUGCUCUCCGGCCUACGUGGAUUAUACGAAGCUACAGGCGCAAGGAGUUACCUGGAAGAUGGACACAACCUUGUCCAACACGUGAUACGAGCCACAGGGUGGGAUUUAUGGCACAAUACCCCCAUAGAGCUACACGAGAGAUUAGGGUCCGGGAAAUGGUACGGACUAGGACGAUCUGGAAUUAUGGAAGAAGCAUGCGACGCACCUGGAUACUGCUCUCAGGACGGACAAACCUUCAAGGGAAUUUUCUUCCACCAUUUCACGCUAUUCUGUGCUCGUUUACCCCAGUAUUUAGUACUUCCCACUGUACAAUUCGUCGAGGAGGAUUUCGAAGAUGAUAAAAGGUGGCAUGAUGCUUCCUGCCUUCAGUACACAGCCUGGAUUCGGCAUAAUGCAAAGGCUGCGCUUAUGACCAGGGAUGAGGAGGGGCGGUUUGGGAUGUGGUGGGGUGCGCCAAAAGAUGUAGACAUAGAAGGCUUUGAGGCCGAGGUGGAGUUGCCGCAGCAUGCGAUAGAUUACCGACACCUGGGCAUUCCAUCUCACUGGAAGACACCCAGGACGCACGGUAGAAAUGCCAGAUUGGAGAAGGGAGUUACUGGAUCGGAUGCUACAGUAAUUGGAUGGGGCGACCUCAAUGACCGGGGUAGAGGACGGACUGUGGAAACCCAAGGCGGGGGAGUAGCUGUUCUAAGGGCUGCAUGGGAAAUAACG